GAACGUAAGUGACCAGUGCGUUGGAUGUGUGUGUCUCUUAGCUGCUUAUGUGUGCCCCAAUUUAUAAAAAGGAUUUUAAUACCAAAGACUGUGCUACUUUUUGUGAAUCAAGUGAUUUGUGAUUACACUGUCAUUCCAGUGUCAUACUAGCAAUUGUGUGAUGUGAAUUUUAUUCGCUAUAGACGUUUUGGAUUUAUAAAAGAAGUGCAAAUAUAUCAGGCAAUUUGUUUUGUAUAUAAACAGGAACUUUUCUAAAAUUAAUGUGACUUAAUCCAGCACUUAUUUACAAAAAUAGACACAGAUGUGAAAACAUAUUCCCGGGUUUAUUUUUAAACUGAUUCUAAAAUAACCUGCAAACUAACAAGAAAGUGAAGGCUCUAGGGCUGCAUUACGUGUCUCGAUAGCCCCAACUAAGUCCGUACACCAUGCCUAAACCACAAAAACAAGAAGGGGACGACCCAGAUCCCACCCCCUACUUGUUCGUAUCUCUCGAACAAAAACGUAUUGACCAGACUAAGCCCUAUGAUGCCAAAAAAUCUUGCUGGGUACCGGACGACAAGGAGGGUUUCGUGCUUGGUGAAAUCAGAGGAACGAAGGGUGAUCUUGUCACCGUUGGUAUUCCCGGAGGAGAGGAAAAGAACUUCAAGAAGGACCAAGUAACUCAGGUCAAUCCUCCAAAGUACGAAAAAGCCGAGGAUAUGUCAAAUUUGACAUACCUCAACGAUGCUUCAGUAUUGCACAAUUUAAAACAACGUUAUUACCAUAAGCUUAUCUACACAUACUCAGGUUUGUUCUGUGUCGCCAUUAACCCCUACAAACGUUUCCCUGUAUAUACCAACCGUUGUGCCAAGUUGUACCGUGGUAAGAGGCGUAAUGAAGUACCACCCCACAUUUUCGCUAUUUCUGACGGUGCCUACGUCAACAUGUUGACCAAUCACGAAAAUCAAUCUAUGUUGAUUACUGGUGAAUCUGGUGCCGGUAAAACUGAAAACACGAAGAAGGUAAUUGCCUACUUCGCCACCGUCGGUGCCUCAACAAAGAAAGAUGCUGAUCCCAACGCAAAGAAAAGUAACUUGGAAGAUCAAGUCGUACAAACUAACCCUGUACUUGAAGCCUUUGGUAACGCCAAGACCGUGCGUAACGACAACUCGUCCCGUUUCGGUAAAUUCAUCCGUAUCCACUUCGGCCCAACUGGUAAACUUGCUGGUGCUGAUAUUGAAACUUAUCUGCUAGAAAAGGCCCGUGUCAUUUCCCAACAGCCAUUGGAAAGAUCUUACCACAUCUUCUACCAGAUCAUGUCUGGAUCUGUACCUGGAGUUAAAGAAAAAUGUCUUCUAUCAAAUGAUAUCUACGAUUAUCACAGUGUUUCACAAGGAAAAACUACAAUUCCAAGUGUAGAUGACGCUGAAGAAUUCUCACUGACUGAUGAAGCCUUCGAUAUCCUUGGUUUCACACAAGAAGAAAAGGACAACGUAUACAAGAUCACCGCCGCUGUAAUGCACAUGGGUUGCAUGAAGUUUAAACAAAGAGGUCGUGAAGAACAAGCUGAACCAGACGGUACCGAAGAAGGUGAACGCGUUGGUAAACUCUUGGGUGUUGAAGCACCAGGUCUCUACCAAGCUCUUGUCAAACCAAGAAUUAAGGUCGGUAACGAAUUCGUCACCCAAGGUCGUAAUGUCAACCAAGUAUCCUACUCCGUCGGUGCCAUGUCAAAGGCCAUGUUUGACAGGCUCUUCAAGUUCUUGGUCAAGAAGUGUAACGAAACUUUGGACACAAAGCAAAAGAGACAGCACUUCAUUGGUGUACUGGAUAUUGCUGGUUUUGAAAUCUUCGACUACAACGGCUUUGAACAGCUUUGCAUUAACUUUACCAAUGAAAAGCUACAGCAAUUCUUCAACCAUCACAUGUUCGUCUUGGAGCAAGAGGAGUACACCAGAGAGGGUAUUACAUGGGUCUUCAUUGACUUCGGAAUGGACUUGGCUGCUUGUAUUGAACUUAUUGAAAAGCCUAUGGGUAUCUUGUCCAUCCUUGAAGAAGAAUCUAUGUUCCCCAAAGCCACCGACAAGACCUUUGAGGAAAAAUUGAACACCAACCACUUGGGCAAAUCACCCAACUUCCAAAAACCAAAACCACCAAAACCAGGUCAGCAAGCUGCUCACUUCACCUUGGGACAUUAUGCCGGUAACGUACCAUACAAUAUCACCGGUUGGUUAGAAAAGAACAAGGAUCCCUUGAACGACACCGUAGUCGACUUGUACAAGAAGGGUUCCAACGCUCUCGUAUGUGAAAUCUUUGCGGAUCAUCCAGGUCAAUCUGGUGGCGCAGCGGAAAAAGGUCGUGGUAAGAAGGGUGGUGGUUUUGCCACAGUAUCUUCUGCAUACAAGGAACAAUUGAACAACUUGAUGACCACCUUGAGAUCUACUCAACCUCACUUUGUACGUUGUAUCAUCCCCAACGAAUUGAAACAGCCCGGUGUUAUUGACUCUCACUUGGUAAUGCACCAGCUGACAUGUAACGGUGUACUUGAAGGUAUCCGUAUUUGUCGUAAAGGUUUUCCCAACAGGAUGGUCUACCCUGACUUCAAACUUCGUUAUAUGAUCUUGGCACCUGCAACUAUGGCCAAAGAAAAGGAACCAAAAGAAGCUGCAAGAAAGUGUCUUGAAGAAGUUGGUUUAGAUCCAGACAGUUACCGUGUUGGACACACAAAGGUCUUCUUCCGUGCUGGUGUCUUGGGUCAGAUGGAAGAACUUCGUGACGACCGUCUUGGCAAAAUCGUCACCUGGAUGCAAUCUUGGGUCCGUGGUUAUCUCUCAAGAAAGGAAUUCAAGAAAUUGCAAGAACAACGUUUGGCCCUCCAAGUGUGCCAACGCAACUUGCGCAAAUACCUCAAAUUGCGCACAUGGCCAUGGUACAAAUUGUGGCAGAAGGUCAGACCUCUCCUCAACGUCACCCGUAUCGAGGAUGAGAUUGCCAAACUUGAAGAGAAAGCCCAAAAGGCCCAAGAAGCCUUCGAACGUGAAGAAAAAGCCAAGAAGGAAUUAGAAGCUCUCUAUGCUAAGCUCUUAGCUGAGAAGACCGAGCUGUUGGCCAACUUGGAAGGAGAAAAGGGAUCCCUUUCCGAAACUCAAGAAAGGGCUAACAAGCUCCAAGCCCAAAAGAACGACCUCGAGUCUCAACUUUCCGAAACCCAAGAUCGUUUGAGCCAAGAGGAAGAUGCUCGCAACCAAUUGAUGCAACAAAAGAAGAAACUCGAACAAGAAAUGUCCGGUUUCAAGAAAGACAUCGAAGAUUUGGAACUCAACCUCCAAAAGUCUGAACAGGACAAGGCCACCAAAGAUCACCAAAUCAGAAACUUGAACGACGAGAUCGCCCACCAAGACGAACUCAUCAACAAGCUCAACAAGGAAAAGAAAAUGUCUGGUGAAAACAACCAGAAGGUUUCUGAAGAACUCCAGGCCGCCGAAGACAAGGUCAACCACCUCAACAAAGUUAAGGCUAAGUUGGAACAAACCUUGGACGAACUCGAAGACUCUUUGGAACGCGAAAAGAAACUCCGUGGUGAUGUAGAAAAAUCGAAACGUAAGGUUGAAGGCGACUUGAAACUUACACAAGAGGCUGUAGCUGACUUGGAACGCAACAAGAAGGAACUCGAACAAACCAUCCAACGCAAAGACAAGGAAAUCUCAUCGCUCACUGCCAAACUCGAAGACGAACAAUCCGUUGUUGGUAAACAACAAAAACAAAUUAAGGAACUCCAGGCUCGCAUUGAGGAACUCGAAGAAGAAGUCGAAGCUGAACGUCAAGCCCGUGCUAAAGCUGAGAAACAACGCGCUGAUUUGGCCCGCGAAUUGGAAGAACUUGGCGAACGUCUUGAAGAAGCCGGUGGUGCUACUUCAGCCCAAAUCGAACUCAACAAGAAACGUGAAGCCGAACUCGCCAAACUCCGCCGUGACCUCGAAGAAUCCAACAUCCAACAUGAAGGAACUCUUGCUAACCUCCGCAAGAAGCACAAUGACGCUGUUUCUGAAAUGGGCGAACAAAUUGACCAACUCAACAAACUCAAAGCCAAGGCUGAAAGAGAUCGUGCUAACAUUUAUUCUGAACUUCAACAAACCCGUGGUGCAGUAGAACAAGUUGGUCGGGAAAAGGCCGCUAUUGAAAAGGUAUCCAAACAAUUGGGACAACAACUCAACGACGUCCAAGGCAAACUUGACGAAACCAACCGCACUCUUAACGACUUCGAUGCCGCCAAGAAGAAGUUGUCUAUUGAAAACUCUGACCUCCUCAGACAACUCGAGGAAGCCGAAUCUCAAGUAUCUCAACUCAGCAAGAUCAAGGUAUCCCUUACCACUCAAUUGGAAGAUACCAAGAGAUUGGCCGAUGAAGAGAGCAGAGAACGUGCUACCCUUCUCGGCAAAUUCAGAAACUUGGAACACGACUUGGACAACAUCCGUGAACAAGUUGAAGAAGAAGCCGAAGCCAAGGCUGACAUCCAAAGACAACUCAGCAAAGCCAACGCUGAAUCUCAACUCUGGCGCCAGAAAUACGAAUCUGAAGGAGUUGCUCGUUCUGAAGAACUCGAAGAAGCCAAGAGGAAACUUCAAGCUCGUCUUGCUGAAGCUGAAGAAACCAUCGAAUCUCUCAACCAGAAGGUUGUAGCUCUUGAGAAGACCAAACAACGUUUGGCCACUGAAGUCGAAGAUUUGCAACUCGAAGUCGACCGUGCUAACGCCAUUGCCAAUGCUGCUGAGAAGAAACAAAAGGCCUUCGACAAGAUCAUUGGAGAAUGGAAACUUAAGGUCGAUGACUUGGCUGCUGAACUCGAUGCCAGUCAGAAAGAAUGCAGAAACUACUCCACUGAAUUGUUCAGACUUAAGGGCGCCUACGAAGAAGGACAAGAACAACUUGAAGCUGUUCGCCGUGAAAACAAGAACCUCGCUGAUGAAGUUAAGGAUCUCCUUGACCAAAUUGGAGAAGGUGGCCGCAACAUCCACGAAAUCGAAAAGGCCAGAAAACGCUUGGAAGCCGAAAAAGAUGAACUCCAAGCUGCUCUUGAAGAAGCUGAAGCUGCUCUUGAACAAGAAGAAAACAAAGUACUUCGUAGCCAACUUGAACUUUCUCAAGUCCGUCAAGAAAUCGACAGACGUAUCCAAGAGAAAGAAGAGGAAUUCGAAAACACCCGCAAGAAUCACCAACGUGCCCUCGACUCCAUGCAAGCCUCCCUUGAAGCUGAAGCCAAAGGUAAGGCUGAGGCCCUUCGCAUGAAGAAGAAGUUGGAAGCUGAUAUUAAUGAAUUGGAAAUCGCUUUGGACCAUGCUAAUAAGGCCAAUGCUGAAGCCCAAAAGACCAUCAAACGCUACCAACAACAACUUAAGGACACCCAAACCGCCCUUGAAGAAGAACAAAGAGCACGCGAUGAAGCCCGUGAACAACUUGGAAUCUCAGAACGUCGUGCUAACGCUCUUCAAAAUGAACUUGAAGAAUCUCGCACUCUUCUCGAACAAGCCGACCGUGCUCGUCGCCAAGCUGAACAAGAAUUGGGAGAUGCUCACGAGCAAUUGAACGAUCUUGGAGCCCAAAACGCUUCCUUGUCUGCCGCCAAGAGGAAAUUGGAAACCGAAUUGCAGACCCUCCACUCAGACCUUGACGAACUUCUUAACGAAGCCAAGAACUCAGAAGAGAAGGCCAAGAAGCUAUGGUAGAUGCCGCUCGUCUCGCUGACGAACUCCGCGCUGAACAAGACCAUGCCCAAACACAAGAAAAACUCCGCAAAGCUCUUGAAGCUCAAAUCAAGGACCUCCAAGUACGCUUGGACGAAGCUGAAGCCAAUGCCCUUAAAGGAGGAAAGAAGGCUAUUGCCAAAUUGGAACAACGUGUUAGGGAAUUAGAAAAUGAAUUAGACGGUGAACAAAGGCGGCACGCGGAUGCCCAAAAGAACUUGAGAAAGUCUGAACGUCGCAUCAAGGAACUUAGCUUCCAAGCUGAAGAAGACCGCAAGAACCACGAAAGGAUGCAAGACCUUGUUGACAAACUCCAACAGAAGAUCAAGACAUACAAGAGACAGAUAGAAGAAGCCGAAGAAAUCGCCGCUUUGAACUUGGCUAAAUUCCGUAAAGCCCAACAAGAGCUCGAAGAAGCCGAAGAAAGAGCCGACCUCGCAGAACAGGCCAUCGCCAAAUUCCGUGCCAAGGGACGUUCAGGAUCUGCAGCUAGAGGAGCCAGUCCAGCGCCGCCAAAACAAGGUGUGGCACAACGUAUACCGAUUUCUUUGGAAUAAACGUCAUAGUUCAAUACCCCAAAGACAGCGCCCCACCUUGGGAAUGGGAGACGCUCUAGGUGGUCCAUUCCCCCCAAGGUUCGACUUAGCUGAGUUUGAGUGAACAUGCGCGCUGUGUUAGAAUCUUAAUAAACAAACGAACUGUUUAUGUCGCAUUAAAACCAACUCUAUGCGAUUUUACUUUUAUUAAUUUUUUAUUUUCGUUUUUGAAUAUUAGAGUUGUAUGAUUCCGUAAAUGUACGAGGAAAAGGAGAACGAAGGGAGUAUUCAGAGACACGUAUUUACCACCGACAGCCCUUUGAUCUCUUCAUUUCUCAAAAUGCCAAUUAUUUUGUUAUGAAAAUAUGUAGGUUGUAUAAUGAUAUUGUAUGUAUGAUAUGUUGUAUGAUAUAAGGCACCAAUAAAUAUAAAAGUUAUAUUGUU